AUGUCAAGGUGGUUCUUAUUCAGUCUUUUUGCACUCCUUGUUCAAGCUCAAGAUCAAUCAGGCUUUCUUAGCCUAGAUUGUGGCCUACCAGCAAAUUCAUCAGGCUACAGAGAACCAUGGACAAAAAUUGACUAUAUGUCAGAUGCAGACUAUAUAAACACCGGUGAAAGUAGAAGUGUAUCAUCCGAAUUCACGAUAUAUGAAAGACAACUAUGGCAUCUUAGAAGUUUUCCUCACGAAAUUAGAAACUGUUACAAUAUUAGCAUCAACAAAGGCACCAAAUAUUUGGUUAGAGCAACUUUCCUAUAUGGGAAUUAUGAUGGGCUCAAUAAUAUUCCUAAAUUUGAUCUCUACGUGGGAGAUACUCUAUGGAGAACAGUGGAUGAUAGCUACUACAUAGACAUUAUACACGUGCCUUCAACAGAUAAACUGCAAAUCUGUCUUAUCAAUAUUGACCAAGGAAUACCGUUUAUCUCAGCAUUAGAGUUUAGACAACUGCCAGAUUAUACUUACCCAACUGUAUCUGGUUCUUUAUACAAUUAUUGUCGAUUAGAUAUGGGGUCAACCACAGAUAGACAAUACAGGUUCCCUUAUGAUGAUUAUGAUAGAGUUUGGAAUGCGUACAAUGGUGAUGACUACACACAAAUAAGUACCAUUAACACUUUAAAGUCUGAUAAUUACUAUAGCUACAAUCCAGCAGCCAUAGUCAUGCAAAGUGCUGCAACUCCAAAAAAUGGGAGCAAGUACCUUAAUUACUCAUGGAACUCAUCUAAGGAAAGUGAUCAAUUUUAUGUAUAUAUGCACUUUGCUGAACUUGAAAAGCUUCAGAGCAACCAAUUCAGAGGAUUUAACAUCACCUAUAAUGGGGAAUAUUGGGAUGGACCUAUUGUUCCUGAUUACUUAAGCACAACAACAAUUUAUAAUAUCAAACCAUCUGUGAUGUCCUCGUUACAACAUCAAUUGUCAUUCUUCCCAAUAGAAAAUUCAUCUCUCCCUCCAAUCAUCAAUGGUUUAGAAAUUUACCUUGUGAUGGAGAUAUCAGAAUUGGAAACAAACAGUGGAGAUGGUAUGUCUUGGAUGCAAUCAGUAAUGUUCGGUCAACUUAUGGAGUAA